AUGCUGGACCGUGUUUUGGUCAGAUUUUACGCUGGCGAUUUAAUUCGGAAACGGAUCAUUGUGAAACCUUUCUGUACACUGGAUGUGGGCACAAUGCUAAUUACUUCACUUCCGAAGAAGCAUGCUUACGGGCCUGCGGAGAAUAUAGAAAUAGUGGUAAGAUGUUUCAGAAUAUGGGUUUCAUGA